UUUUUUAUUCAUGUUUAAUAUUAUAAUUUGUUUAGGUGAAACAGCUUCAAAAUGUCUAACGCAGUGUGUUUAUUGUUGUUAUUUGUAACGAGUGUAUAUGGAAGAACCGUACUGAACGACGAGAAAAAUGAUAUCGUUUCAUUAAAUGAUACGAAAAUUGAUAAACUGUUGGUGGAUUUACCUGUUUAUGAUUUGCCAGCGAAUGAUACAAAUAUUAAUUGUACAUCAAAUACGAUCGAUAUAUCUAACAACAUAGAGCAUGAUAGUGAGCCCUGUGCUCCUGUUCCUAAAGUUGAUAACGGAACGGCGUUAAUUUUAACGCCCUAUAUAGAAGAAGGCCUUAUUCAGGAGGCUCGCAAUAUGUGCUUGGUGGAUCCUAGUCUGUUCCUCGGUAUCAAGAGUUAUUCGGGUUUCCUUACUGUGAACAAGACUUACAACUCGAAUCUAUUCUUUUGGUAUUUUCCUGUGGAGAACAAACCCGUAAACGAGACACCUUGGAUAAUUUGGUUGCAAGGUGGUCCCGGGGCUUCGAGCAUGACAGGACUGUUCGACGAGAUCGGGCCCUUUAAGUUUGUCGAUGGGACUUUGAAACAGAAUCCAUACACAUGGCUGCAGAACCACUCGCUUGUUUUCAUCGAGAAUCCAGUUGGAACAGGAUACAGUUUCACUGAUCAUGCAGAGGGAUACGCUAAAGACAUGGCUACGUACUCCAGUCACAUGUAUAGAGCUGUGCGACAAUUCCUGCAAAUAUUUCCAGAACUGCGUAUAGCCCCACUGUACAUAUCGGGCGAGUCGUAUGCUGGAAAGUACGUGCCGUCUUUGGCAAUGGAGAUUCACAAGCACAAAGACGCACCUGGAAAUGAUAUCAAUCUUCAGGGUAUUAUGAUAGGUAACGCAUAUGUGGAGCCAGCCAUGAUAUCUCAGAUGAUACGACCGUUUUAUUAUUUCGGUCUGUUGGUGAAUGAACAGCUGGACAUUGUGAAGCCACUUUUCGACGCAUUUCAACAAGACAUAGCAGCCAACAGAAGCAUCGAAGCUAAGCAAAAAUGGAACAGCCUAGUGACCAUACUCUUAUACAUGUCACAUCAAAAGCAAGCGUACAAUUUUCUUCGUGACAAGUUACCUGUCGGCGAAUAUGUCAGUUUCUUGGCCAGUUCGGAAGUGAAACGAGCGUUGCACGUCGGCGACAUAAAUUUCAGUUUCGUGAACUUCACCGUCAAUACUGAAAUGGCGCCAGACUUCCUGAGCAGCGCCAGGCCAAUGUUGGAGACGUUGCUCGAUCAUUACAGAGUUCUGGCAUAUUGCGGUCAGUUGGACCAGAUGUUGCCAUGCGUGUUCGCAUCUGAGACAUAUCGCACGUGGAAAUGGAAACAUGCAGAGGAAUUUCUCAACGCCACUAGAAGUGCUUACAUAUUUAACAAUAAGCUGUCCGGUUACUACAAAAGUGGCGGAGGGCUAACGGAGGCGACGAUCCGUGGUGCCGGUCACAUGGUCCCGUUGGAUACGCCGGCGCCCGCGCAGUAUCUAGUGGCGCACUGGAUUCACCACAACCUCACACACUCCUUCGAGGACUACAGUGACUUCAUUGCCCGCGAAUUUGUGAAGAACUAUUCAAUUGCACAUUAUCUUUGACACACAUUUAUGACGUAUAAUGCUUAGGUUCAAUAUCUCCCUCGUAACUCCGUUCCUUGAAUGUUUAAUUACGGUUUAUAACGAGACUUCCCGACACUAGGUCUUGGGUGUAAAUAAGGAUGGGGUAGUUCUUCUAUGCUUGAGUAAUCUGCUCAUAGACAAACUCAGGUUUUUGCCGUUUAGUAACUGGAUUCACCGGAUUUUUUUCAUUGUUUUCUCUUAUCGUUUUCUUUCCUUUGUUGCCUCGCCCGUUGUUUCCGUUACUAAGCAAAUCCUCAUUAGUUACUUACAGAAUUUAAUAAUUUAGCACGACGACAACUAAACAAAUAUACCGUAUAAAUAUACUUCUAAUAUCAAAUGAAGUUCUGCGUAUUAACUCACACCUUUCGCGAAAGUAAUUUGCAACGUGUAAGUAACACGGUGAGACUUUAUGAGAAACAGUCAAACUGCUCAUCGUGGGGUUGAACUGCGGUGUGUGUAUUUAUCUUGUGCUAUUUUGGAUAUCAUAUAUUACGCUUGUGUAAACUUCUUUGCUCGACCAUGCCAUGAGCGAAUUGUACAUGAGCGAAAAAAUACAACGUCAUUAAAUUUUAUAGAGAGCUUAUAACUAUAAUUUAUGGGUUGUAGAGUGAAACAAAGAUUUCAAAUACACUAGACUGCAUUCUGUUCCUAGUAGACUGAAUAUGAAUGUCAGGUUUCUCUCGAAGGUGCACAGAAAAUGUAAACGUGUACACUGCAAUGCAUUAUGCGUAGUAUAGUAAGUAUAUUUUAAUUUUGCAAAAACCUACUUUUGGCUUAAAAAAAAUAUAUUAUUCGCACCCUUCACCCGGGUCAGAGCUACGUAUGUCCAUAGUGGUGUGUAUAUCUAACCAUAUCUACAAGUAUUUGUCUGAUGAUUUGUCUUUUCGACGCUUAAAUGGAUUGCAUAAAAGGGAACUAAUCGUUUAUAAACAUAUUUUUAAAUAAUCUUACUACGACUGUUUUAUUUUUUAUUUGUAAUAUUAUGUAAGAGUAUUGUAAA